UCAGAUUGGUGAUCCACUCCAAUUGCCAGCCACAGUAAUUUCUCCAACAGCAGAGAGAUUUGGAUAUGGGACAAGUUUAUUUAAGAGAUUACAGGAGGCCGGCUUUCCUGUACAUCUGCUCAAAACUCAAUACCGCAUGCAUCCAGAGAUAAGCAUCUUUCCCUCAAAAGAGUUCUAUGCUGGUUCUCUGGAGGAUGGAGACUUGUUGAGAAAUAGUACAAGAAGGUUGUGGCAUAAACACCGGUGCUUUGGUCCUUUCUGUUUCUUUGACAUAGAUGGAGCUGAAUCUCAGCCUUCUGGAACCGGUUCUUGGGUCAAUGAAGAUGAGAUUGAAUUCAUUGUGCUUAUGUAUCAUAAGUUGGCGAGCCAAUAUUUGACUCUGAAGUCAAGUUCCCAAUUGGCAAUAAUUUCUCCAUAUCGUUAUCAAGUGAAGCUCCUUCAUGAAAAAUUUCGAACGACCUUUGGAGAGAAAUAUAAUCAGUCUGUAGAUAUAAACACUGUUGAUGGAUUCCAGGGUCGAGAAAAAGAUAUUGCAAUAUUUUCAUGCGUUAGAUCAAAUGGUGAGAGUCGUAUUGGAUUUGUCUCUGAUUUUCGGCGAAUGAAUGUGGGCAUAACUAGAGCAAGAUCUUCUGUUCUGGUUGUGGGUUCUGCAUCAACUUUGAUGCAGGAUGAUCAUUGGAAAAAUUUAGUCAACAAUUCUAAAGAACGCAACUGUUAUUUUAAGGUUUCAAAGCCCUAUGCAUCAUUUUUCAAUGACACCAAUAUGGAAGCCUUGAAAGUACAAUCUAAGAUGGAAAAGAAGAUUCUGGAAUUGAAUGAGUUUGUGGGUCAAACCGAACUCAUAACUGAUCACAUUGAGUUAGGUAAUGAAGGAAUUGGUAAUGAUGGCAUGGAUGCUGAUGACGGAGGCUUUGACGAAGACUAAGACUUCGUUUGGGAUGACUUUCUUUAUACUUCUUAAAACAGCUUUUUAGU